GUGGUUCCAUCGCCUUAAUGCAAGAAACCAGUCAAACCGGAGGCUUAUCGACAGUGACGAUCGUAAACAGGUGUAUAAAUUAUCCGGCCCGGUCGACCCCAGACCCGAGCGAGUCUCCGUAAGCUGAUUACCUUACAGUCGCAACAUUCUUACGCAAGAGAACGUCUGUUCCGACGGCAGACGUUAACAGCAGCAGUAACCAUGAAAUCCUUCAUCAAUUAUUCGCCAGAUUGCGAUUUCCCGAUCGAAAAUUUACCGUACGGAAUCUUCUCUACAAAGGAGAAGCCAGAAAAAACAAUAGGUGUAGCAAUCGGUGAUGAGAUUUUGAAUUUGAGUGCUAUCGCAAAUUAUUUCGAUGGGCCGCUAUUGAAAGAGAAACAGGAUGUAUUCCGUCGUGAUUGUCUUAAUGAUUUUAUGUCUCUCGGGAGGCCAGCAUGGCUAGAAGCAAGAUCAAAACUUCAAGAAUUGCUUUCUGCCAGCAACCAAACCUUGCAAAAUGCAGAAAUUCGUUCUAAAGUUUUAGUCGCACAGAAGGAUGCUGUGAUGCAUUUGCCGGCAAAAAUUGGCGACUACACAGAUUUUUAUUCCUCGAUCAAUCAUGCAACAAAUGUUGGCAUUAUGUUCCGUAGCAAGGAAAAUGCGCUGAUGCCGAACUGGAAAUACCUGCCUGUCGGCUAUCACGGAAGAGCAAGUUCCGUUGUUGUGUCUGGCACACCCAUAAGACGACCAUGUGGUCAAACACUUCCUGUCGAAGGCGCCGCACCAGUUUUCGGCCCUUGUAGACUGAUGGAUUUUGAACUCGAAGUUGCCUUCUUUAUCGGCGGACCAUCUACAAAUCUUGGUGAUACUGUCUCAGCUUCGAAUGCUUACGAUCACAUUUUUGGAAUAGUCCUGAUGAAUGAUUGGAGUGCGAGAGAUAUCCAAAAAUGGGAAUACGUUCCAUUGGGUCCGUUCGAUUCAAAGAAUUUGGGAACUACAAUUUCUCCGUGGAUAGUUACGAUGGAAGCUCUAGAACCCUUCAAAGUGCCUAAUACGGUCCAAGAUCCAAUACCAUUCCCAUAUUUACAGCAUUCCGAGUCGUGUAACUUUGACGUUAAAUUAGAAGUUAAUAUUAAACCUUCGAGUGGCGUAAUCACAACUGUAUGCCGGAGCAACUAUAAAUACAUGUAUUGGACCCCACGACAACAAUUGGCGCACCACACUGUCACCGGAUGCAACAUUAAUCCUGGUGACUUAAUGGCUUCCGGUACUAUAAGUGGAGAGACUUCGGACUCUUUCGGUUCUAUGUUGGAAUUGUGCUGGAAAGGAACGAAGAAUGUUCCAUUGAAAGAUGGUACUACAAGAAAAUUCCUUCAAGAUGGUGAUGAAGUUAUCAUUCGCGGUUACUGUGUCGGCGAUGGUUACAGAAUUGGAUUUGGAUCGUGUGCAGGUAAAUUGUUACCCGCGCGCACCAUUUAAAUAAGCCGGGGCUAUAACGUAUAUUAUUAUUAUAUACACAUGUGUAGAUUUUACUACUUCUAUAUAUCAUGUGUUUGCAUUAUAAUAAAUUUUUAUAAUACUUA